GAGAGAGAGUAGGACGCGAGGCAUCUGUCUGUAGGAGUCAGCACCGUCCAAUACCCGUCCCAUACCUCUGUCUGUCUCACUACACCUUCCCCCAGUACACCCACUACACCCUGCCACUGUCAUCCCCAGCCUACACCACCAACAGUUAAAGUGAUAAAUAGUGUCUUACUGCAGCUAACAAAAUGGGCGAGCAAGGUGGCAAAAAGGGAAAAAGCAUCGAUCCUGAUGUCAUAAGAUUUGAGGAACGAGCUAGAAAUUUGGAACGUGCAGCUCAGGACAUGCAGAAAAUGCUGCAGAAGAUUGCAUCAGAGAAAUCAGCAUCUUCAACAUCCCCUGAAAGAUCUGCUAGCAAGAAGAACAAAGGCAACAGAGGUAGCAAGUCCAUGAUGAACUUAAGCUCUGAUGAGAGUAAUAAGCAGUCUAAGGAAUUUAGAGGGCGGGGAAGGCGAGGGAAUUCACCACAACAUCCCGGGCACAGACAGAAUGCUCCACAACAUCCCGGGCACAGACAGAAUGCUGGCCUUUUGGGCCGUGCUCCACCUUAUCAAGAUGGUAGUCAGUUUGGCUUUGGGUUACAUCAUGGUAUGAUGCCUCAGGGUCCACCACCUAACUACUAUCCAUCACAUCAAAGCCCUUCUGACUAUCAAGGGCAGAUAAAUCCUCCACAGUAUGUACCUUACUCUGGCAGUGGAGGAUAUAAUCAACCACCUCCCUCAUAUGAGGAAGCAAAUAGACAAAAUCAUUCUAGUAAAUCUAAAAACCGUAAUACUACAGGACUAACUCCUGAAGCCUUGGUGAAAGCCAUUGUUAUGUUUGACGGGCAGUGGAGCACAUCUGAUACACUGAGUCGUCAGGUUCAAAAGAGUGAGCAGGAAAUUGCAAUGGUGGUGAAGUCUCGUAAGGAUUUAUUUUCCUUUGUGGAAAAGGACAGGGGGCUAGUGAUUGAACUUGUUCCCAAAUUAGUCUUAUGCUCACAACACUUGUCUGAAAAUGGCUGCUUGUCUCGUGAUUCAUGCAAAGAUCUUCAUAUGUGUAAAACCUUUGUAACAGCAUUUUGUGAUGCUGGUGCAUCAUGCCAGUACGGGCAUCGAUGGGAUACUAAUCACAAUACUCCCAUACUCUCAAAGUUAUACUUAGACUUGAUUGAUAAACGUGUCUUACAUCAAGUGAUGAGGAAGGUCUGUAAAGGAAAUGCUUCUAUAAUUUGUGCCUUUUAUAAUAGCAAAAAUGGAUGCAAGAAGAAUGAGAAAUGUGGUUUCAUCCAUAUCUGUAAAGAUUAUGUGAUGAAUUGUGGAAAAUGUUCAAUAUCAGAUUGCUCCCUUAACCAUGAUAUCCUUACUGAUCACUGUAAAAAGCUGCUGAAGAGAUUUGGUAUUUCCAUAAACGAGAGUCCACGUGAUAUUUUGAUAAACCUAAUGUCUCAAAUUCAGCGUCAGGAAGACCAGUCUUCUACUGGAUCAUCCGGUACAAAGAUUGAAGGAAAAGUAGAGAAGGAUAAAAAAUGUGUUGAGAAGAAAAGUAAAGACAAAGAUAGUGAUCAGUCUUCAACUGCACCAGAGAAGACAAAAAGUGGAACCAAAAAGAAAGAUAAAAAGUCAGAUGGAAGAAGCAAGCCAAUGGAUGACAGUCAGGAUGAUGAACAGUCUCCUGUGUCUCCAAGGAAGACAAAAACUGGAGGAAAACACAAGGGAAAAAAGAGCAGUGUUAAUAAAAGUGAAGAUAAAGAAAAUAAUGGAGACAGUGACCAGGCUGUGUCAGGUAAGACAUCUGGGAAGGACAAAAGUGGAGGAAAAAAGAAAAAAGGUAAAAAGGCCAACGAUAGCAGUAAAGGUGACGAUAGUGAGGACUCCUCCUCUUCAGACAGUGACGCUCAUUCUCAGCAUUCUCAUGAUAGAAGUCAGGUAAAGAAUAAAAAAGUAGUGGGAGAUGACAGCAGUAAGAGUAAACGGAAAAAGAGAACCACCUACUAUUCUUCUGAUGUUUGUGGUGAUGUUCAAGUACCUGAGAUAUGUCUUUUUGCUGUUAAUGAUAAGUGUAUCAAUGCCAAGAAGGGUUGCAAAUAUCUACACGCAAAAAGUUUGUUUCAUUGGCAGUUUGAAAGAAAUGAUAAAUGGUAUAAUUUUCGCAUAUUUCAAUCCAAGGCACUUGAAAAUGCUUACAGAGAUGUCUCCAAAGGGAGUAUCCAGAUACCUUCCCUUGACCCAAGCAAGCUGGAAUCUAAUGCUAAAGAACUCCUCAAUAUUUUGGGGACUGAGUUAUGGACAGCUAAUUUUAAGGACAUGACCAUGAAUGAUUCUUCAGGAUCAGCUCAGCUUAAAAUUCGACGCAUCUCAACUCGUUCUGCAGGAGACUUUGACAAUCCAAAAUCUACUGUGUAUGAAUGGUACUUUAUUGAUGAGCAAGGCAAAUGGAUCUCUUAUGGUCAGGCUGAUAGUCUGGGUAAUCAGGAACUUGUCUGCAACGUCACCUGUGAGGACAUUGAAAAGCAAUAUUUGUCAGAUCCUUCCUCGUCAAUGGUAAUCAGUAAUUCUCAAUACAAGUAUUGCUUGAAUUUUGCCCAAAUGACCCAGACUAACCUCAAAACAAGUAAGGUGAGGGAAAUCCGCAGACGCCCAUCACGACUCUCCUAUCAGAAAAAGUCCUCUAGCUCAGACCAGACUUCUGUUCCUAAUAAUUGGCUUGUGAUGGGUGGGAAUCAGACUCAUGUCCUUGUUCCUUUGGACCCUGGUAAUAAGGAAUACCAGGAGGUUGCAAGUCGUUUGCGCCUCACGCUUCCCAAUGCUAAUGUACAAAAAAUUGAAAGAUUGCAAAAUCCAUAUCUAUGGCGCCUUCUGCAGUACAAAAAGGCAUCCUUAUCAAGCAGGUAUGAUGACAACCAGUUGAACAUUCAGAGAUUGUUUCAUGGGACUGACCCUGACAAGAUUGACACCAUUUGUAAAGAAAAUAUUGACUGGCGCCAGGGAUCUACCAUCCAGCAGAAUUUUGGAAAAGGCACAUAUUUCUCCAAUAGUGCUGCAGUUGCCCGUAAUCACUCUACCCUAACUCUGAGUGGUCACUACGUAUUGAUAUUGGCAGACGUUAUCAUUGGCUCUGUGGUUAGGGGAUCACCAACCCUCACCCGUCCACCAACAAAUAUUUCCACCAAUUUACUCUAUGACACAACUGUAGAUGAUGAGCAUGCUCCAACUAUCUUUGUUAAAUAUGAUAAAGAAGAGUAUUACCCGGAGUAUAUUAUUGAAUUCUUUUAAAAGGCAGUAAUUAUGAGAUUUGUAUUGUACUUCCUCUGCAUAUUUUGGAGACACUAAUUCUUGUUGCAAUAGUCUACUACCAGUUAAUAAGCAGAUUGUUGUGUUGUGGUUACAGUACUCUACAAUGGUCCAUCUAAUUACCCAAAGCUUCCUAGUAUUAUGCAAGUAAUGAAGAAAUAUGAUAUAUUUACUCACUAUAAUGUUGGUGCUGAAUGUAGAACAUGAAAAACUUAUUUGUACUCUGAAAUAAUAUAAUUUUAUAAUGAAAUUGAGUACAUGUAAUUACCCAAAGCUAGAACAUUGUCGCUUGAAGCGUUCACUUCCUGUGCCGUCUCCUGCCACUUAGUUUCUAAUAUUUUUGUUAUAAAAUUAUAUUAUUUCGGAAUAAAAAAAAGUUUUUUCAUGUUCUACAUUCAGCAUCAACAUUAUAGUGAGUAAAUAUAUCGUAGUUCUUCAUUACUUACGUAAUUCUAGAAAGCUUUGGGUAAUUAGCCAGACGCCUCUGCAUGGCCUUACAAGUGGGAGGACCUGGGGGUUCAAAUCUUGUGCAGUGAUGUGAUUGUUUAGUGUUUCUUCACACUAAUUGCCCCUGUGCAUCACUCCAUCAAUUAUCGUAAACAUGGAUGUAAAAUGAUUGGUGAAUUUUGUUCCAACUGCUUACAGUACCAGACCAGAGGCCUAAACAUUUUUUUGUAGAUGAUGUUAUAAUUAUGAUCUCUCAAAAUGGAAUUUUUUGUAAUAAUGUUUUAUUGUUUACAAACUUUACAUGCUGUGUAUUUUUGUUCUGUAUAAAAUACUUUCCUUUCAGCAAUUGUUGUACUUUUGAAUACUUUUGAGUAAUGAUGCAGUAUGUAUUGUGGUGCAUCUUAAUACAGUGCUGUACCUAGAGGACAGCUUGGUAACGGGAUCAUGGAAACAUUUAAUGUUCCUAACAUAACUAUUCAGCCUUUGCCUCUCACUUCAUAAGGUUUGGUCAACUGACUCACCUGUGAAGACAUUUGUUGCUCAAGGUUAAAGACUGAACAAAAAAAAUGUAAUUUUAUUGUUGUAAACUCUGGUGUAUGGGCCUUCAAUUCCCAAAAUGAUUGAUAAAGGUUAGUUUAAGACUGAUUGGUCUUAUCAGUUAUCUUGUUUCUUUUUUUUCAAAUGAUGGCUUUCAUAUGGUGUGGUUAAACCAUAUUCUCAUUAGAGGCAUUCCACUAGGGGAGGCAUCCCUAGUGGGAAAAUUGUACCCGUCAUGCUUAAUUUGUUUCUUGUGGUUUUUAAGUGGGAACUAUUGUGUGCUUGAUUACUGUAUUGGUGUCGUGCAAUGGGAGCUGAACCGGUGGCUGAAACUCGAGUUAAUCACCACCUCAGUGCCUUGUCAUGACUUGAAACCUCCAACAUUUAUAUAUAAUAAGUUAUUUGAAUAUUUAAUAAAUCAUUAGAAUAUUUGAUAAACUCGUUAGAAUAUUUGAUAGAUCAUUUGAAUAUUUAAUAAAUCAUUAGAAUAUUUGAUAUAUUAUUAGUUUAUUAUUUAAUACAUCAUUAAGGUUGAGUACAGUACUGAAGUCAUUAAGGAUUGCAAAUGUGGUGCCACAUUUUAAGAAAGGAGUUGGAUCACUUGCAUCAAACUAUCAUCCAGUUAGCUUAACGUCUAUUGUAGGAUAGUUACUUAAAUCAACAAUUGCAGUCAAUGAUCACAAGAGCCAUUGGAUUAUACCUGGAAAAAUAUAGAUUAAUAUUGGAGUCACAACAUGGUUUUACUAAGGGUCACUCAUGUUUACAAAUUUACUCUAUUUUUUCCCCAGUAUAUUUCAAGCAGUUGAUAGUGCGAAGGAUUGCAAGUGUAUCUUCACUUCAGCAUGGCCUUUGAUACUGUACGCCUUAAAAAAGUUUGAAGUACUGUAAAUAGUAUAAGGGGGAUGUGUUGAGGGUAAUGGUAUCUUAAAAAGAUAAAAAUUAGAUGAUUAUUUAGCAGAAAGCAUGGAGUUAAGCUGGACUGGAAAACUGUUGGAGUGCCCCAGGGUUCUGUCCUGUCCAAGGGCUUGUGUUGCAUACCAUAUACUGUAUAUUUAUUAACAAUUUAGACACAGGAUUGAACAGUAACAUUUGCAAACUUGUGAACAAUACACAAUAAGGGUGGGAAAUAUAUUCAGAAAAAGGCAAUAUCACUACAAGAUCUAUAGAGGCUUUCAGAAUGGACAAAGGAUUGACAAGUGUAAUUUACCUUAGGGCCACUAACUCACUAGUGGCCUCGACAAGGACAAGAAGCUGGUGACUUGUCAAAGGUCCCUUAUUUGUCCGGGUGAGUUUUUUCUAGCUGGAUUUUAAAAUAAACAGCUUUGGCGAGUAGGCAGUUCCAUGGGUUUUCCUGAAUUUACCUGAGGGGCCACUAACACUAGUGGCCUCGAUAAUGACAAGAAGCCUGUACCUUAUCAAAGGUUCCCCCCCCCCCAUUUGCCUGGAUGAACAUAAACCUGUGAGUGAAAAAAGUAUCUCUUGUUACCAGUCCAACAUUGUGGCUUGUUGAGCUUGAAAUUGUUACUCCUUGUUUGUGUUACAUCUGACCUUCUGAAGAAAUUGCCUGGUUCAACUUCCUACAAAUUGUUCAGUAUUUUAAAAGGUUCAGUGAGAUUCCACCCUGUCAUGCCUGAUUUGCAGUGUUCUUAGCCCUGUGAGGCCCUUGACUGUUCCUGAUGUGAGAGUUGACUGAGCUCUGAAAUGGUUUUUGUUGUUUUGUGUUGAACUUUCUCCAGAGCAGCUAUGUCCUUCUGAAGAUGUGGUCUCCAUCCUGUCUCUACAGAAUCGCCGUGAUCGCUACUGUCUUCGCUACCUUGCGUGGCCCCUACAACACCCUCACUCUCAUUUAUGUCAUACUUUGACUACCUCUCCUGUGGGCCCUGUUCUGUUUCACCACCUUACCCUUUCUGUACGAUUGUCUCACUUGCAAGGUUCUCCCUCUAUUUGUAUUACCAAUAUUUCUCCUAAUGUCGUUGCAUCCUUGCCCCCAUGGAGGGUCCCCUUUCCUAAGUUUUGCAAUAUCUUGACCCACAUAACAAAAGCUUUUACCCCUCCUACAGUUCUGAAAUGCCUUUUCCUUACUUUUCUUCACACUACCGCUCCAUUUCCAUCUUCACAAAUGGGUCUAAGUCUGCUGACGGUGUAGGCUACUCUUGUAUUUCCUGAUCACACCUGUAUGUGUCACCUGCCCUUGGAGACUAGCAUCUUCACAGCAGAAUUUUAUGCAAUUUUGUAUGCUCUUUAUCAACUGCUUUCUUGUUGUCAAUCUUCCUUUGAUGUUGUAGUUGACUCUCACAGUGCCCUCAUGACUCUGGAGUCCUUUAAGCUUGUCCAUCCUGUGGUAGUCGUAAUUCAACAUUGGCUGUUUAUCUCCAGCAGAUUUAAGGCAGUCGAGUGUUGCUGGGUUUCCAGCCAUAUUGGUGUUUCCUUAAAUAAGCGUGCGGACGGUGCCGCUAAGGAGGCUAUCCGCACUUGUCCCAUUUCCCACAAAGGUGUUCCUUAUUUCGACUUCUACCCAGGUAUUUAUUCCUUCAUCCUUGCUCAUUGGCAGUGUCAUUGAUCUUCUGUUACUGCAACAAACUGCGUGCUCUUAAGGGUAGCGUCUCCCCCAUGGCCUUCCUCCUCCCACAGUAACUGGCGGUGGGAAACGACUCUGGCAAGGUUAUGUAGUAGCCAUACAUGUUUAACUCACGGUCACCUAAUGGAGUGCCACCCUGCUCCUUGUUGUCCGAACUGCACUGUCUCUCUUAUGGUCAUGCAUAUCCUUGUUGAAUGUCCUAACUUCCAGGACGUGCUUGCGUCUUGCUUCCUAACUGUCCCUCGCAGUCACAUGUCCCUUAAUAGAAUUCUUGGUGAAUCAUACCUUUGAUAUCGUUUGCCUUAUGUGCUUUUGUUCUCGUAUUGCCAUCCUUAGUGAUACUUAGUGUCUUUUUGAAUAUACUGCACAUUUGAUGGUGCUACAUAGCCUCCCUGGCUUGGUGCCUUCUUUUGAUAAUUACUGUACUUCCUUGCAGGUGUGUGAUGUCAAGCUGAUCAGACAGUAGUUUUCUGAUGAGCACUUUCUGCUUCUUUUUUUAUAUAAAUAGGGGUAACAUUAGCAUAUAUCCAAUCUAGGAGGACUCUCUUGGUCCAGGGAUUUUGUGAAAAGUAGUUUCAGCAGUUGGCAUAGUUCUUCUGUCAGUUCCUUAUGACUUCAGAUUGGAUUCCAUCCACACCUGGGGCUUUUUAGUCAUAAUUUGUCAAUGCUCUUCCUGAUUAUGUCGCAUGUUUUGGGUAUAUACAUAUAUAUCCCUUAUUUCAUUCUCUUCACCUCUGUCAAACAUUAGUGUGGGUGAUGUCAUCUAACCUUUCUACUCUACUGUGAACAUUAAUGUAAAAUAUUAAUUCAGAGCAUUUGCUACUCUUUUAUUGUCCAUUAUAACUUGAUUAGUCUCAUCUUUUAUGGGUCCUACUGAGUCCUUUGUUUUGGUUUAAUUCUUAUAUAGGCAUAGAACAAUUUUGGAUCCUUCUUUAUGUUUUGGGCAAAUUUUCUUUUGUAGUUUUGUUUGGCUAAUCUGAUUUCCUAGGUGGCCGAGUCUAGUGUGCUUUUAUAUAUCUCAUAAUCAAUGAUGUUAAUCGUGGAUUUAUACCUAAUCUAGAGAGUCCUCUUAGUUAGCAAUGCUCAUUUUACUACCUGUGUCAUCCAUCUAGUCCUUUUUUUCUUUCUCCUUUUUGGCACACACAUUUUUGAACGACUUCAGUGAUGACGUUGAAAUUUUUCCCAUGAUGCUUCCAUGCCAUGUUCACUUAUCAGCUGCCUCCAGAAGGUGUGUUGCAGUUCCUCUUUCAUUCCUUGAAAGUCUGUUUGAUGGGAAUCUAGAAAUUUAUCUAUUUUUAACAAACAGUAUUGCAAGAAUUUUACAAGAUUGUUCACUGUAAGAUGAAUGAUUCUCUUCCUUAUGUAUUUGUGAAAACCCAUUUAUGGGUUUGUAUUUGUGAAAUUUAUGUAAAGAAUUAUACCAAGUCUUUUGCACUCCUGAGUGCUUUGUCAAGGUCUUAGUAUGUGGUUAGGACGAGACUUACAUCUCAAUCCCAUAGACAUGGGAUUGUUUCGAGCAUAGCUUAGAUAUACAGUAUAUACAUAUAUAUAUAUAUAUAUAAGGAUUUUGGGUGGCUAUAAAUAGGAGUGGCUUCAUAUGAGCCAAUAGGCCUUUAUUCUAAUGCUUGUAUAUACUAUACUCAUCCACUCUGGAAAUUCUUUUUAGAAUCAAAUAUACAUGAAAAACUAUAUAAUGUGACUGUUCUUGACUGUAUUGACCUGUGCUAAGGGGUGUUGUCUAAUGUUUUAGUGCAAACACAAUGAUGACUUCCUUUUUAUGGUAAAUUAUAACUUGAUUGGUCUCUUCUUUCAAGGAUCUUACUCUGUCGUUUGUGUUGAUUUUACUCCUUGUAUAUGUAUAGAGGACUUUUGAUCUUCCUUAAUGGGCAGUUGUACUCUAUUUUUAAGAAAAAGAGUAUUAUAUUUCAGAAUACACCUAGUCUGGUUAAUCCAGAUUAAUUGUCCAUUGCAUCCAGACACUUGUUGAAAUUGGACUUAUUCAAAAGUUUAUUAAUUUUGUGGACAAUUUGUUUGUUAUUAAAAGAUAGGUAAUUACAAGUAUGUAUUUGUACACAUACCAAAUAAUAUACCAAAAUUACAUGUUCUGUUUGUUUAUUUCCGAAGCAAAUUGGAUCAUCCCUUGUUAAAAGUUUGAUGUAUUUUUAAAUAGCAUGUGCUAUCAAAAAUUAUUAUUCUUUUAAAUUUAGUCAAGGAGAUUCACUUGGUUUUCAGUAUGAGGCUUAAAUAAGUUUUCUUUGUUAAGUUGCUCCUUUGGGGCAAUUCUCAUGUUUUCUAAUGAAGGUGGUGGGCUCUUUGCCUUACAGCUCCACUAUUCAUCAUCCUUGAACCAUUUUCCACCAAAUACUUGUCUUUCAAUUGAUUUAUUUAUCUUGGUUUUCAUUUUGCAAUCUUGCAAUAUGUUCUAGGGAACAGGUGAAUGAGAUAUUUAAGAGAUUCAGUCGAAAAUAAGGCAUAUAGUUAAUCUGAAAAGCACUUUUGUGAGCAUAAUAUUGGUCUGGUCACACUUUCUUUCUGUUCUGCUGACCAUUUGUAAAGAGUCUGUUUCUUGGCAUGAGGAAGUUCACAUAUGACUUGGCUUGAUCGGGGAAACCUGUAGAUGUGUUGGUGGUGCAGCCUAGUGGCAGACAGUGCAGGUACCCAAGAAGUAAGUUGAAGUUAGCAGACCCCACUCUUUGUGGUCACUGGUGAUACCAAGGGCUUUCAACUUUUUAUGUAUGAACUUUUAAUUACAUCUUGGGCUGGACUGAAUGAUUUCCAAUGCUUCCCUACCACCUAUAUACUGUAUAUAUGACCCUACAGAGACUGCUUGAAAAUUUCUCAGUUGUGGCUGUACGAAGUAUGUCAGCCUGCCUGAACGUGCAUGAACUGGAGAUGCUUAGAUCCAGGAAAGACUUAGGUAAAUAUUAAUUUAGAAGCAAGGUUGUUGAUAUCUGGCACAAACUACUGGAUAACAUAAUAGACAUGGGAUUGUUUCAAGCAUAGCUUAGACAGACAGUAUAUAUAAAGGAGUUUGAGUGGAUAUAAAUAGGAACCAAUAGGCCUUCUUUUUUUUUUAUUUCCUUUAUUCUAAUGUUUGUAUGUAUACUCAUCCACUCUGGAAAUUCUUUUUAGAAUAAAAUAUACAUUAAAACUAUGUACUGUAAUGUGACUGUUCUUAGCUGUACCGACCUGUGCUAGUGGGCAUUGGGGGUGUUGUCUAAUCUUUUUAGGCUCCUUAUCCUAAGGCUCUGUUCACAAAGGUGGUUUUCAUAUUAUCUUUAAGCCUUAUUUUAACUUUUUCAUAUAAAAAUCUCAGAUUUGGUAAACCACUCUUAUGAGUAUUUCUACAUACUGUACAGUAUUUGGAAGUUGGUUGCAUAGGAAUUUUUAGAAUAUAUCAUAAUACUGUAUUUGCAUUUGUACUCUCCUUGCUUUGGUGCAAUUUUAAAAUAUUGUAUUAACUUUUUAUAACAGUAAUUACUGGAUAAUUGCUUUAAUUUUAUGUAUGCUGCAGUUACAAAAUAAAAUUGUACAAAAAGA